UCGAAACGGUAACAGGCGAUCAAAGUGGCAAGAGCUGCUGUCACUUCAGGCUACAACAUUUAUGGGUGUUGGUAUAAAGUAUAAAAAGCGGAAAAUUACUGCAUAAAGGCAAGGAUGGCGGGUGGGAAACCGUGUAAAGUGUGUAAUUUUACACGCCAGAAGUCUUACGGGUUGGUGGUUCCCUCUUUAGAUGAGCUGAAGGCAAAAGGAUGUGAGUCUCUUGGUUUUACCUCCAGUUCCCCGGUCACAGUGGUCCUGGAAGAUGAUGGGACAAUCGUAGAGGAUCAGGCCUACUUUUUGUGUUUACCCAUAAACACAAAGUUUAUGCUAUUGCAUGAAAAAGAGACUUGGUCUCCAGUUCGCAAGAUGGAUGGGGGUACAGCCUGGAUGGCCAGAGACUCCAUGCUAAUGGAACCUGAUUAUGUGGAAGCUGAUUCUGUGGACGCCUCUGUUCCUCCCUGGAGGGCUUUGGCUCAGCAGCUGAAGGCAGACUUAGCCAGCAUCAUCCUCAUGUCAGAGGCAGACUUACAGACUUUGGUGGAUGUCCCCUGUCCGGAGCUUGCCUCUGCUCUGGGGUUUCCAGAGAAGAAGGCUGCAGAUCUUCAGGAGACUUUGCAGAGGUCUUUGGACCGCAGAGAGGAGGAAAGACAGUCCAAAGAACUGCUGGAGCUUUACCUCAAAGCUCUACACAGACAGGAACAACAAGACGAAGGGCCAAGUCAGGCCUCCAAUGAAGGGGCUGGUGAUGUGGAUCUGCCAGACGGGAUGGAGGUGGACUCGGCGUCUGGAUUCAUGUCCAGGACACUGAUGGUCCUGAAAGGCAAAACAAGCCCAGAGACAAGACUUUCCACUGAAGACCUGCAGAUGGUGGUGAACAGAGGAGUGGAGGCCAUGGAGCAGGUUCUGGGCUGGGACGAGAGAAGACGUCGGCGCUGCUGAGCCUGCGAAGCCGAGCUGACCAAACGGCUGCAGCAGAUUCAGGCUGUGCAGUCAAUCCGGAGCAGCAGCACACAACAGACAUCAGCCGACAGUCCAGUGAGACGAGCACAGAGAACAGCGAAGAAACACCAGCCCAAGGCGACAAAUAGGCGGGCCUCACCUGAGCAGAGACUGAUAAGAAUUCACACUACCUGCCUCAGGGUCAGUGAAAUGGGAUUUAACCUGUGUUCCUGAUUAGAUCCAUAAUUCCUGGAAGUUAUGAAUGUUAAUAGUUUAGGUGUUGGCAUCUUUUUUAAGGAAAAUAAAACAUGCCAGAGUAAAUAACUUGGAUGCUUUAGCUUGACGAUGGAAGCCGAGUGAUUUGCGAAAGUCAUGUUUAUCAAAGCCAUCCACCAGGGUUAGUUUUCUAUCUGGUUUGUAUUUGGAAAAGUGCCAUACUGUGAAUGAUAAUCUCAAAGAGCUUGUAUGUACUGUUAAAUCAGCUGUUUUAGUUUAUGUUACUCCGUUUAGGACAAAAGUUAAGAAAUUCAUUUUGUCUUGAAGUUUUAGUCUAGAUCAGGGGUGUCAAACUCAUUUCUUCCAGGGGCUGCAUUCAGCCCAACUGGAUCUCAAGUGGGUCGGACCAGUAAAGUAAAAGCAUCAUAACCUAUAAAGAAUGACAACUUUUUCU